ACCGCAUUCAGUCAGUCGCAAGCAGGCAGCACGUAAACGUCUGCUUGACUAUACAAAAUCGUUUUAGUAACCCUACAAUAUUAGAUAAUUAUAUAUUUUUGUACCGGUGACUCGUUUUUAACUAAAUAUAACGUCGUUUUAUGUCUCACGAACUGCAUCUGAGGUGUUUUUAAGCGUGCUUAAACUUAAAACAAACAGGAGGAUCAACGACAAUCAAGUUGGUUUUUAUUACAUUUAGUUUUCGUAAAACUGUGCGAACUACUCGGUUAUAAAGAUGCCGGACUCGACGCUCUACGACAUGGGACGUAGCACCGGAAUCGGCGACGAAAGAGCGCUCCAGUUGGCCCUCGAACUGACCAUGUUGGGCUUCAACGAGCCUCUCAACACCGUGCCGGAGCCCGAGAGCCCCGGCGACCUGUCCUCCUUCGUCAACCCCUUGGCGAACGUCGGCAUCGACGAGGUCAGGUCGAAAAAGUCACAGAACAUGACCGAGUGCGUGCCAGUCCCCAGUUCCGAGCACGUCGCUGAAAUUGUAGGCAGACAAGGUUGCAAAAUUAAAGCUCUUCGUGCGAAGACCAACACCUACAUUAAAACUCCAGUAAGAGGUGAAGAGCCUGUGUUUGUGGUAACUGGAAGGAAGGAAGAUGUGGCUAAAGCCAAGAGGGAAAUCCUGUCGGCAGCUGAGCACUUCUCGCAAAUCAGGGCUUCCCGUAAAAACAACUUGGCCGGUUUGGGUUCUGGAGCGAGCACUCCUCCAGGUCCACCAGCUAACAUCCCCGGACACAUCACCAUCCAGGUUAGAGUACCAUAUCGCGUUGUAGGACUGGUUGUCGGACCGAAAGGUGCGACCAUCAAAAGAAUCCAACAUCAGACACACACAUACAUCGUGACACCAAGCAGAGACAAGGAGCCCGUUUUUGAGGUUACCGGUUUACCUGAGAGCGUUGAAUCGGCUAGACGAGAAAUCGAGGCGCACAUUGCUAUGAGAACAGGAAGCACCACAGCUUUUAAUGGAUUGGCUUCAUUGACAGCCAUGGACGAUAACGAUAUCAUGACUUCUCUUUACAAAAGCGGAUUGAGUUCAAUCUUAAAUUACAUGGAACCAACAACCGAUACAUUUCCGAACAUGACUUCAUCAACAGGCAGCAGCGGAGCUUUUUCUAGUUCAAGUUCCAGCUCCAGCAGUUCAUCAAGCUCCGGCGGUCGCGACUUGGGAGCAAUUUGGAGCUCAAGUGACCGCGACGAAGGACUGGGCGAUUCGCCCAGCUUCGAUACAUCCACCGCGUUGUCCAGCAUCUGGUCGUAUCCACCAGUUUCACAACCAUCACGACCAUCACCGGCAAACAGCACCAGCCCAGCUGACUCUCUGCUGAGCUCGGCCAAAUGCCUAGUGUGCAGCGAAGCGAAGGUGACGCACGCCCUCGUGCCAUGCGGACACAACUUCUUCUGCAUGGAGUGCGCCAACCGCGUAUGCGAUGGCACCGAGGCCCAAUGUCCCGUUUGCUCCCUGCCCGCCAUGCAGGCCAUCCGCAUCUACUCGCCCAACCCUUAAGCCACCCCCUCGAUCGAUCUCGCUCGAAUUCCCCCGCCGCCCCGCGUACAUUCCCCGUCGGGCCCUCGCCCUGUGUUCAGCCUCGGCUUGGGCGACUAGAGGCGCUCGCGAACCGCCAAACGCCGCCGCCUCACACACAAACAUACAACGAAGCUCGAAAUUGUCCUAUUCGAUUCUAGUUCUUAUUAUUAGUUAAUCUUAUAAUUUAGGGUUUUUUUGUUGAAUUAUUGAUGAGUAUAUAUUGUUUAUUGUUUUAUUAUUAGGUUUUAUUGAUUAUGAUAAUGAUUAUUCAAUGCGAUUGAGUAGCGGGGCGUUUUGCGGGUGAGGCGCCGGGUUUUGCCGCCUGGCCGAAGCGUAGUCAUCAUAUAUGCCAGUUCAACUAUUUUCUUAUAAUAUAUCACCGUUUUUAUAGUAUUAGAGUCUUAUCGGUUUAUUUUUAUUUGUAUUUUUUGCGUGUAUUGUAUUCACUCACGGAUCUGUCUCCGAGAGUACUACUCCCUUUUAUAUUUAAUCUAGAUACAAAAAGACAUGACGCGACACUACGUAAUAAUAUUGUAAAUUUUUAUACUAUUGAUAAGUGUUUCGUUAUUUUUUUAAAUAUAUUUUUUUAAGUUUCGCCAUGUGAAGUUUCACAUUAUUGAAGUCUGAAUCAGCAAUUCUCAAAAGAUUAUUUUAAGUAAUAUUUAAAAGUUAAAUAAUAUAUGAAAGUAAAAAAAUAUAGCAAAAAACUAAAAAAUAUUUAAUAUAUAUGAUAAUGGAAGUGAGAUGUAAAUUGAUAGAUUUAAUAACAAAAAAGAGAUAGAUGAUGGUUGUGCGGUGAGUAUGUAAUGCAACGAGAGUUUGAAGCGAACAUACCAACAAUAACAUUAUGUAUUAGAGUAAAUUUACUAAAAGAGAAAAAAUUGCUGAGCAAUGGGCAGGAGAGGGCAGGGCUUGGGGGCCAUCUCGGCUGUGAUCUAAACUGCCACUUGUGCGUCUCGCUGUUUGUUCCGCCGGUAAAGCUGCACCCCCUAAUAAACGAAAUACAUAUCCCUUAUUGUUAGUUGAUCACUCAUUGUUACUAUUGUUCUGUUAUGUCAUGUGAUAUGAUACAUAUAUUUCUAUAUUAUUCUUAUAUAGCGUAUAAGUUGUGAAGAGAAUUUAUAAAUGUAAAGUAUAAAUUAUUUAUCGUGCAAACACCGGCGGAUGACGCCGAACCAUACAGUCGUCAGUCAUAAUCAGUCCAUACUCGGUCAUGUCAUGUCUGCCGUACCACCGACACAUCUCGAAAUUGGGAAACACCAACUUUUAUGGAUAGAAGGGUGCUGGGGUUAUUAAGAAAAAUCUGUAUCAGAUUAACAAUAUCAUCUAAAAAAAAAUCAAUCGUACUCUUCGCCCCUGACUUCUAGUUUCAAGGAAACUGUAAGUAGAUCUUCAAUUUACAUUAUUCGUUGGUUUGAUUUAAUGGUUUUAAUUUUACACAUUGGUAUUUAAGCUUCGUUGACGCAGUUUAAGUAAACCUAGUUUCAAAACAAAUAUAAAACACUUUAACCAAACCGUAAUUACAGUAUUACUCAUACUCAUCAAAUUCACUCAUCAAAUCCAAAUUAUAUUUUUGUAAUCUAAUCCCUCAGCGACCCGACAUAUCUAUCUGUACCGUUUCCCGAUUUUGCCGGUGUAGGUGAUUGAAAGGCGCGCGCCCCAGCGGCGCAUGCGCCGGCACUUGUAAUCAUCAAUCAGCGCCAUCUUUUUAUCAAUUUGUGCACGCUCGGCCUCCCCCUGCCAGCGCUCGUGCCACCGCCACCUCGAUCCUUCAGUAUUCACGGUAAAAAUAAGUCGCUAUUUUGUGACCGCCGCCCCCAAUUCUUUAUUUAUGCCGCGCUCAUCGCGGAUCUUUAGUUUUCACAGGUGCAUUUUUACAUAUUUUUUCUCUCUUUUGACUCUUGUCUCUCCCUCCCUGUCUGCUAAGCCGCUGCACUUUUUUAUGUAGUGAAAUUCAGCUGAUGUCUCUGUCUGUAGUCGGGCUGCGUGGAUUGGCUUCCAAUGCGCUUAUAUAUGACUUAUUAAUAUAUGUAUUAUUAUUAUUAUUAUAUAUUAUAAAUAUAAGAUGGUAUAUUUUGUUUUUAUUUAUUUUUUUAUUGUAGAAUUUUGAAAAUUAUCGUUAUUAGAUAAAUUUAUAUAUAUUUUAUUAUUAUGGUUCUUAUAUUACUUAUGCUUUGCCAAUCCUCGCCAGCCCCCCACCUCUCGCGCUUUGGGGCUUGGUCCCCUUACAGCGCCGACUUAGUUUGUUUACACGUACACUGUAAAUAAGUUGUUGUUUUAUAGCUAUUAAUACCAUAUUAUUAUUAUAAUUAUUAUUUUAUUUUUUUACAUAUUUUUGUGAAGAUAUUUAAAUAUGAAUGUUAGUACAAGUACAUGUCCACAGACUUGUGUGCAGAGUGACUGUUUCAAAUAGUUUAAUUAGAUUUUUUGAUUAGUUAUAUUUAUAUUGAUAUUUUAAUUAUAUAAAGUAUCCUCGAAGUGAUUUCUUUUUGUAAUUUUUUAUUGAUUUUUGAAUAUUAAAUGUAUAAGUGUGUUUUCUAUUUAGAAAUUUAUUGAAUAGUACGAAUUUUAUAUAGCGACUGACCCUACGCUUAAGAAUACUUUGCUUAUUUGGUCGUCGUCUAAUGGGCUGUUCAAAGUAAGCUGGUGGUACCUAUUUUUUUUUAUUUAAAAAUAUUUAUAUUGUACAAGACUAAACUGCCUGCUAUUUCUUUGUGCGGCCCUUAGAAAACUAGCAAAUAAUAACUUAAGAUAUUUGAUUUUUUUUAUACAUUUAAUUGCUACCAAAUAUUUUAAUAAAAUUCGUGGUUUAUAUUUUA